AUGACAAGUCAUGAUAAUAUCGAAACAAAUUCAACAUCAUUCACUAAUGUAACCAGUAAAUUUGAAAGUCGAGAAGAGUCAUCGGACGAAGAAAUGUCAUGGCCUACACCGCCACCAUCGGAGGAUUUGAAAGAAACUAGAACGAUACAAAGAACCAGAGUGAAACAGAAGAUACCAAGAGCUCGAAAUGAUGAAAUUUGGGUGUAUGAGAAAUCGAUUGGUAUCGAACAAAAAACAUCUUUAGAUUAUUGUCUAAAAACAACAAUGUCAUCACAAGGAUUUAUUAAUGUGAGAGAAAUUGGACAAGAACAAAAUGGACAAAAUAUUUUCAAUAUUCCAUCACAUUUAUGUCCAAAUGUUUGUCAAUCAACAUGUUAUUCAGUAAGAGAUGGAAAUGGUGCAAAUAUGUUGGAUGACGAGAAUGUUGGAUAG